CCCCCACCCACACCACCUCUUCACCACAUCCGUGUUGUCUGACCGGAGGAUGAGUCGGUAGGAGGCUAACAGCUAGCUAACGUUACCGAGCGGCGGCACCGGGCGGGCUUCUCAUGUCUGUUCAUGUUCUGUCUUCGUGCAGCGGAGCCGUUACCGUCACGAACCGGUCCGGACGUUACAUGGCCGUCGGUCGGUGUUCCGUCGAGCUGCCCGGUUAGCUCGGCGGGAGGAUGCAGCCGCUAGCCGCCGUUAGCUCCGCAGCCGUUUAUUUAUCUCGGUGUUAUGUAAGCGCGGAGCCCGUGUAGCCGCGCAGCUAACGUUAGCCUGUCAGCAUGAACGACGCGCAGCAAGAAAUGUCUCCAGACUUCGUCCUGAUGCGGCUCGUGUCCGCGGCCGAGUACGACCGACUGGACGAGCCCGACGACCUGAUGUCCGGAGGCGGCGGGUUUGGGCCCGUUAAAGCCGUGCUGGGACACCACGGCGGCGGCGGGUUUGAUCUGGACACCAGCGGCCCCUCGGCAGGCCUCGGCUCGGCCUCCCCGCACUACAGCUCGCCGCUCCCCGGAAAAGGCGAGCUGGACGGCGGGCUGGUGUUGACGCAGGCUCCGCCGGGCUCCGAGGCGCCGCUGUCCCCUCCGCCGCCCGAGGACUUUGCCGUAGCGGCCCAGCGCUUCGUGGACUUCCCGGUGCCGCACGGGCACGGCUCGGGGGGGCACGGGUCGAGGGCGCAGCUGAUGGUGUUUCAGAAUCUGCUGCGGUCCGGAGACCGGAUCCUGGAGUGCGGGCUGGAGCAGCCGCCCCCGGGGUUCCUCCAGGAGGAAGCAGAGAGACAGAGACAGCAGCUGGAUCCCGGAUCAGGUACGGGUCCCGGCAGCACAACAACUGGUCCUGGGCCUGGAGGCGGGAAGGACCAGAACUCACACUGCAUCCCAUCUGCAGAGGAAAACCUGCAACCACAGCAGCCGCAGCUGCUUCAGUGGCACCCGGUCCUCAGACUGUCCAAAGGGACCGAUGGGUCCCAUACUCCCCAGCAGGGUGUCCCGGCUCUGGACUCUGAGUCCGGGUCAGUCCUGUGCCACCGACACCGCCUGCUGACAGACCGACUAGCUAAGUGGCCCCCGGGUCUGCUGGACCAAGCCCUGCGUCUCGGCCUGCUGGAGCCCAGGAAGAACUGCUCCGCUGGGGGAGAGGACCCGGUCUUGGCCCUGGCCCGGAGGCUAGGUCAGCUGGGUGAGGGGAGGGAGGGUGGUGGAGGAGGAGGUGGGCGAGAGGAGAUGGUGCUCCCCCUCCCUCGGUGCUCCUGUCACAGCGUCCUGGCCUCGGGGUCGGGGGGCAUAGGUCCCGGCGAGGACCCGAGUGAGACCAGUGACGCUCUGCUGGUCCUAGAAGGUCUGGGGUCUGAAGAGGUGGGGGGGUUGGGUGAGGAUGGGGACAGGGAUGGAGGGGACAUGGGGGACGCUGAGAAGGGAGAGAGGAUGGGGGGUGUUGGCAGUGGGGGGACAUCUGGGGGAGCUAGGCAGGUGUUCUCCAGCGGGACUCUGAGCGGUCUGAUGAGGCAGGUCCACAGACUGGCGGAGGAGGCGGGGGUCUGCACGGACCAGAGCUGCCGGUCCUCGUUGGCUGUCCUGGGUGCUGCAGUGUCCCUACCUCCAUGUGUGGACUCCCGCCCCCCCAUCAGGCACCAGUCUCGCUCCCAGCCCCAGAGCCGCGCCACCACCCCCAAACUCGGUGUGGCCUCGGGGGGAGCGGGGCGGUCUGCCUCCCCCCUAGUGGUCCUGGAGGGGGAGGUGGGAGGAGGAGGAGGGAGGGAGGGAGAGAAGACGCCGCGGGGAAAGUCAAGGAAAGGGGGGUCACUGAAGGUCCGGCUCAGCAAGCUGUUCAGAACCAAGAGCUCCAGUGGGGGGUCGGGGGGACUGCUGGACAAGAGGCCGUCCCUGGCCUCGUCCACCUCGUCCGGGGGGAGUCUGCUGGACGUGUGGGGGUCCACCUGCAGCACGGAGCAGGACAGCAGCAGGCUGCAGGUAUCCAGACCUCACAGUGCCUUCUCGCCGGUGCCCUUCACUCCUGCUUUCACUGGUGAGACAGUGUCUCUGGUUGAUGUGGAUAUUUCUCGGAGAGGGGGGAACUCUCUUCAUCCCCCGACUCCUCCUCCCCCGCCCAGACGGAGCCUCAGUCUGCUCGAUGAUUUCGGCGGCCCUCCCCAGCAGCAGGGGCCCUUUACAGAACGCAGUGUGGGGGCAUCGAUGCAAUCUCUGCCCCCCCGACCGCUGGCCCUGCCCCCCUCCCUCAGCACCAUCCAACACAGCCUGAGCCUCAACGACACCUUCCUGCGAGGUCUACCGAGGCCGGUCCCUCUGCGCCCCGACGGUCAGCACCCCCCGCCCCGGCUCGCCCCCCGCUGCCCCCUCAGCCGCCCCGACGCCAGCAGCUUCGCCACCAGCCUCAGAGAACUGGAGAAGUGUGGCUGGUACUGGGGGCCGAUGAACUGGGAGGACGCAGAGAUGAAGCUGAAGGGGAAACCAGACGGAUCGUUCCUGGUCCGAGACAGUUCAGACCCUCGAUACAUCCUGAGUCUGAGCUUCAGGUCACAGGGAGUCACACACCACACACGCAUGGAGCACUACAGAGGAACCUUCAGUCUGUGGUGUCAUCCAAAGUUUGAGGACCGCUGUCACUCGGUGGUGGAGUUCAUAGAGAGAGCCAUCAUGCACUCCAAGAACGGGAAGUUCCUCUACUUCCUGCGCUCCAGAGUCCCCGGUCUGCCCCCGACCCCGGUCCAGCUCCUGUAUCCAGUCUCCAGGUUCAGCAGUGUUAAAUCUCUGCAGCAUCUCUGCCGCUUCUGCAUCAGACAGCUGGUCCGUAUAGACCACAUCCAGGAGCUGCCGCUGCCCACACCUCUCAUCUCCUACCUGAGGAAGUUUUAUUACUACGACCCGGAGGAGGAGAUCAUCCCCCCACUGAAGGAGCGGGGGCCGGAGCAGAGCAGCCAGCCGGGGGUGGAGGCCCAAACGUAGCACUGGAGUCUGAGGACGAGUUUUUUCUUUUCUUUGUUUUCUCCUCGUGUUUUUCGGACACUCGAUCAGCUGACUGAAGAACGUUCAAACAUUCGAACUGCACUCACAGACUUGCAGCCAAUCGGCUCCCUCCGCUCAGUCCUGUAUCCGGGGCGAGUUUCAGAUGAUCCGCCCUCCUCCUCCGGGCUCCCUGAUUGGCUCACGGGGUGUCGAUGCAGGGGAGGGGAGGGAUUGGGGAUGUGGAGACUCCGCCUCUUGUCUGAUGUCAUCACCGAGCAGCUCGACUGAAGGAAACGUCGCCGUUAGCGACGGCGCUAAAAAUGUGUAAAAGAAAAAAAAAACAAAGAACCUGCAGCUGCCUCCAGGAUCCAGGAGCAUUGUGGGAGUUCUACAGACAGCUGGAGGCCUUUCGCAGUACUGGUCCAUGAUGUCUGAACCCAGGCUCUCAGCAGGUCCACACCUGAGUCCACCUGAGUCCACCUGAGUCAUGGUGACGCUCAGCUGUUCAACCGUCCAGUAGAAACAGGUGAAAUCAGCCUCUGUCGUGUCGUUGUCGUGUCCUCACUGAUUUUAGAAUGAAUGUGUAACGUCUGAAGAAUUGACCAUAUUCACACCGCGGCCAUUUUCCUCUGACAUCACGCUCAGAUCUUCUCACUGAAAGGAUGAUGUCAUACUGCUGACUCUGACAGAUGGUUUCUAUUGAUGCUUCAUGAUCGACGAGCAACAGAAAAGAUGAUGGAGAAUGAGAAUCUGAAGAGACGUCGACUCAUAUCUCAAGAUAAAGCAUUAGCUACAGCUAACGUUAGCAUCGACCGCUUCUUAGCUAGCAUUACUGUUUGACAGAGCUGCAUGAUACAAGAGAAAUAAAUCAAUUCUGAAACAUCAACACAGAUCUCAGACACGUUUAGUUCAGUCUGUAAGUUAAAACACAUUGGAUGGAAUCAAGCUAGCAAUGUAGCAUUAGCUGCCCUGCUAUAUAAGUUAGCAGUGAUGCUCCGCUGUCAUCAAAUCAAAUCAAAUCCAAUUUUUUUAUACAGCACAUUUAAAACAACAGCUGUACAAUCAGUAACAUAAAAACAACACAGCAAGAACACAAACUGGUGAAAACAGACCGAAAUGACAACCCUCACACUGACUCAGGACAAAGAAUAAAAACCCUAGACCUGAGAGUGUGUAGAGGUACAUGUGCCACUAAAAGAUCCGACAGGUAAAAUGGAGCUAGCUCAUGUAAUGAUUUAUAAACAAAAGUAAAAAUUUUAAAAUCAAUCCUAAGACGUACAGGGAGCCAGUGAAGGGAGGCCGGCCCGGGGGAAAUGUGCUCUUGCUCACCUGUUCCUGUUAAAAGACGAGCUGCUGCAUUUUGGACCAACUGUUCACACAAAGUUCAUGUUUGCUAGCCUAGCAUUAGCUUCAGUGUUUCCAGUGGGGGUCAGUCUUCACCUUCAACAUCUGGAAAAUUUAUCUGCUCGUUCAUCGACGUGCUUAAAAGAAGGUGAAGUAAAAAACACAGGAUUUAUUCAGACAUUAAAGUUCCCACCCUCAGUGUGACGUCAGAGGAAAAUGGCUGCCGUGUGAAUAUGGUCUAUGAAGGUGGAGUGGGGAGAAUCCGGCUGUGACAUCAUCAUCAGAUGUUUUAAUUAAAGCUGAAACAGCUGAGGACAAACAGCUGAUUCUGGAUCCUGACUUUAUUUCUUAAUAGAGACGUUCACUGACUCUAAAACUCCGUCGUAUCAAACUCCGCAGAGACGUUUCCCUCAGGAUGACCAUGGACACUAGCUGAAAGCUCUCACCAGCUUUUACAGUAGAUGUUCAUCUGGUUAAUUUCUCACCUGGAAAAAAAACUAAAUGAGGAAACACGAUGCAGCAGCAGGACCUGAGCUCAGGUGGACUCCUGAUGUCUCAUGAGACCAGACUGACAAACGUCUCCCAACUCAGUGUUGUGUUAAACCGUCUCACCACCUGGUCUGGAUCUGGUCCGGAUCAGGUCUGGAUCUGGUCCGGAUCAGGUCUGGACCUGGUCUGGAGCUCUCAGGAUCAGGUGACACCACUCAGUCCUCCUGGGUUCAGUCCUCAGACCUGUUCUGGGUCUGAACCAAACAGAUUGUAACAUCUACACUUCCCUGAUACCUGGUGACCUGAUGAAGACAGUGAGACACAGUCAAAAGCUCCAGAAGUGAACGGACCUGGUGUUGAGACGGUUUCAAUGAGUGAAGACUGUUGGUUCUGAAGCUGCUGCUUCUCGCUGUCGCACUGUGGAUCAUUUAUCAGGUACUCCACAUGUUCUGCUGCUCCGAGUCCAGACUGAGGUUUUGGGGGUGUGGGUGGUUACCUGGGUUACCUGGGUUACCUAGGUUACGUGGUCCGGCUCCAGCAGCCUCCUCCCCUGCUGGCUCUGAAUCUGAUCCACUGACCCGGAGUCAGUGGAAACCUCAGAGAGAGGAGUGUCAUGUGACCGUGUCUCAUCACACCUUAGUGACCCGGGACACUUUGUGUUUGUGGUUAAGACGCUGGUACCGGGGCUGACCCCAAUGUUUGUUGCCUUGGUAACCGAUGUCCAAAUUUGUAUUUGAAUGCUUCGGGUUUUUGUUGUUGAUGUUUUUUUUUGUUUGUUUUUUUUUUUAAAUUAAUAUAUUUGCAUCACCACAGAAAUCCCACAUUAUUUAUUACGCAGCAUUAAUUCUUAUUAUUAGUAAUUCUCGGACAAGGACGUUAAUCUCAGUGAUGACUCUCAGCUAAUGAGACCAUGUGAUCAUGUGACCAUGUGACCAUAUGACAACCACACUACACAGAUGUGGAUCUGAAGAUGAUGAAAUCUGAACUGACCUCAGGAUUUUCACAGUAAAAGUGUUUUUAUUUGUUUGCCACCGUUUUCUAAAAAUAUCUGUCGGCUCGUCUUAGAAGUUUUUCUGAUGUCAGGACUGAAGACCUGAGGACCUGAGCACCUGAGCACCUGAGCACCUGAGAACCUGAGAACCUGAGAACCUGAGAACCUGAGAACCUGAGAACCAGGGUCUCCUGGAACGAAAACGGCUAAAGUCGGCUAAAGUCAAAGGUGUUUAACAAGCACUUUGUCUGAAGCAAACUGAGGCUACGUCCACACGAAACAAUCCCUGUCCACACUAACACACCUAAAAACAGUUACCUACACUGAGCAUGUGCA